AUGGGGUUGCGAUUCAGGCCACCGAAGCAGACCCAGAAGGUCAUGCCUGUCAGGCCCAGCAAGGGUCACUUCCUGUUUGCCCACCAGGAAUACCAGCGUGUCUCGUGGUGGAGACGAAAGAACAUGCGCACUCUGUACAUCUAUAUUGUGAUUUUGAUCAUGACCAACACCGCCAACGGCUUCGACGGGUCCAUGAUGAACGGUCUUCAGACUCUCUCCUACUGGCAAGAAUAUUUCAACUACCCGCAGGGACCGCUUCUGGGUCUCUUCAAUGCGUCCAUGAGUUUGGGCUCCUUGAUCGGUCUCUUCGUGGUCCCAUACUUGAUUGAUGCCUAUGGCCGUCGAUUGGGAUGCUUCGUCGGCUGUCUGAUCAUGCUUCUUGCCGUUGGCCUCCAGACCGGCGCCACUGGAUUCGGCAUGUUCGUCGCAGCUCGUCUCCUGAUCGGAUUUGGGGACUGCCUUGUGCUCGGCAGUGCUCCGCUGCUGAUCGCCGAGAUUGCGCAUCCCCAGGAUCGUGCCACUCUUGUAACUCUGAGCGGUGCCUCCUAUCAUUCCGGUGCUUUCAUUGCCAGCUGGGUGACUCUGGGAACACUAAAAAUCCAGAGCGACUGGUCUUGGCGUCUUCCUUCAUUGCUGCAGGCAAUCUGCACAGUUGUGAUUGUGUGCGGUAUCUGGAUCAUGCCCGAGAGCCCCCGUUGGCUCAUGAGCAAGGGAAGACACGAGGAAGCUAUGCGAGUCUUGGUCAAGUAUCAUGGCGAGGACGACGCGGACGAUGAGUUCGUGCACCUCGAGUAUGCGGAGAUCAAGGCCGCAAUCGACCUGGACAAGGAGAUUGAUCAGACACGCUGGGUGGACUUCCUGAAGACCAAAGGCAACCGCAAGCGUAUCGGUCUCAUCACAGCCCUCGGUCUCUUCAGUCAGUGGAGUGGUAACGGCUUGAUCUCUUACUACCUCAAGCAGGUCAUGGACAGUGUUGGCAUUACCAAACCCCAGACCCAGCUUGGUAUCAAUGCCGGCAUCAAGACUGAGGCUUUGGUCACCAACUUUACCCUCGCUUUCUUCGUCGACCGACUGGGUCGUCGUCCAGUCUACCUGGUCUCCACCGUCGGUACAUUCUUGGUCUUCAAUGCGUGGACCAUUGUCUCAGCUCGAUAUGCUCUGGCCCCUAACCAGGCUUUGGGAUACCUCUUUGUGGUCUUCACGGUUCUCUAUGGAGUGUUCUACGACAUCAAAUCUGGUCUUAUGGCCACCUACACCACCGAGAUUCUGCCUUACGGUCUUCGUGCCAAGGGUUUCACCUGGCUGAACUUCUGUGUCACCGCCGCCCUCUUCUUCAAUCAAUAUAUCAACGCCAUCGCCCUUGCAGCUAUUCACUGGAAGUACUACAUCUGCUACUGUGUUUUCCUCGCCAUGGAGUGUUUCGUCAUCUACACCUUCCUGAUUGAGACCCGUUACACCCCCAUGGAAGAAAUUGCCAAGUACUUCGAUGGCGACUCGGCAGUCGACGUGGGUGAGGUUGCGGUCGCAGAUAUGAAGGAACAAGCGAGGGAGACCCACGAUAAGCCAUCAGUCGUUCAGAUCGAGGUCAAGGAAUGA